UAUGACUGGAGGAGUAUGCAAAUUAAAAAAGGAUCUGAAUGGAAAGAUUGUCUUCAUAACUGGGGCUAAUACUGGUAUUGGAAAGGAAACAGCACUUUAAUUAGCAACUAUGGGUGCCACUAUUGUGAUUGCAUGUCGAGAUACAAUCAAAGGAUAAUAAGUUUUAGAUUAAUUGGUAUUCAAAUUAAUUAAAAGAAUAGAAUAAAAUAACCAAAGCUUAUAUGAUAAAAUUAGAUUUAUCAUGUCUCAAUUCUGUAAAAUAAUGUGCCGAAGAUUUUAAGAAAUUAAAUAUCCCAUAAAUAGAUAUUCUAAUUAAUAAUGCUGGUGUAAUGGCUCCUUAAACUUAUAAAACAACUAAACAAUCUUAUGAACUUUAAUUUGGUACUAAUCACUUAGGACAUUUUCUAUUGACUGAGUUAUUGGUACUAAUAUUUAAUUUAUUCUUUUUAGAUUCCCUAUUUGAAAACUGCAUAAUAAAGCAGAGUAGUUAAUGUAUCAUCUUUAGCUCAUAAACACUCUAAGUUAGAUUUCAAAGAUAUAAAUUGUACUUAAUUUGCUAAUUCUAAACUAUGGCCAAUUAAAUACAAUUUAUAAGCAUAUGGAAAUAGUAAAUUAUGCAAUAUACUUCAUGCUAUGGAAAUUUCUAAAAGACAUGGAAUAAAGGGUUGGUAAUGUUAAAUUUUUAUUUUAGUUCAUUACAUCCUGGAGUAGUAAGAACAGAAUUAGUGAGAGAGAUUGUUGGAAAUCCUAUAUUAAAUAUCCUAUUCAAAUUAGUUACUCCAAUUUAUUUUAUUUUUUCUAAGAGUUGUUUAUAAGGAGCAUAAACUACUUUGUAAUGCGCUUUAGAAGAUUAUGAUAAAUUAGUAGAUGGAGGAUACUAUUCAGAUUGCAAAUUAAAAUAACCAUUAUAUGCAAAUAAACAAUUAUCUGAAAAGUUAUGGGAAUUUUCUGCAGAGAGAUUGAAACCCUAUAUGUAAAAAUGAU